CAGCAACACCAACAAUCUUGUCUCUCUGCCUCUCGAUCCUAAUCCAAACCGAACAAAAUAUUUAAAAAAAAAACACAAAAGACAAUGGAGGAGACGACAUGGGAACAGAGACUACAAGCCGUGACUCACAUCCUCACAAACCCAACAACGGAACCAUCUCUCCACUCCCAAUUCCUCAUCGCAACACUAAUCCCAUGCUACCUCUCCUGGGACUACCCUCCGAUCCUCUGUCGCUCUCCGGGAACGCAUCAUCUCCGUCGAUGGUGGGUUUCUCAAUUCCUCAAAAGGGCAUCGAGAUUCGGUCUUCCCGAUACCUCGUGGAGGUCGAAUUGCCCGUUUUACCAGCCGUCGCCGGCUCUUAUGGCCGCAGGAGUGGAGGAAGGGAAAUGGGGAAGAGAGGAGAGGAGAGUGUAUGUGAGGAAGAGGCUGAGGAGGAAGAAGCUGGUGAGCGAAGUGAAUCCUUUCAUUCCUCUUUUGGUUCCGAACCUGCUUCUGUUUACUCUCUUGUUGUGGGAUCCUAUCCCUGAGUAGUUUGAUUUUAAUCUCUCUGACAAUUUCUGUAAAGAACUGAUCGUAAGCAAAGAUCUGUGUUUCUCUCUAUUCAAGAAGAUGAAUAAAUGGAUUCAGACAAAAACUGAAAGUGUAGUUGUUUGUCGUCCGUAUCGAACCUCCAUUGUCUUGAUUUAGUUUGGUUUGAUUUGAUCCGGUUUGAUUUUGAGAGUAUUCCA